CUUGACGUUGAUAACGAUUGCUCGAAUCGAAAAGUAGCAGACGACUUCUCCAGCCCUAGCUCCAAAACACGGCUGAACGGCAAUAUCACCCUUUUCUCUGUACAACAUCGUUCCCCGCACUCGACUUUAUCUCCAUCUCUCUCUCUCUCUCUCUCUCUCUCUCUCUCUCUUUUAGUAGCGGCUGAAAGAAGGCCACCGACACACGUCGUUAUCGCUACCUAACUGGUGGUCGAGAGACGCGGCGCUGCGUAUACUAUCGGCGCGUUUCCACUUUCAAGAGCGCAGUGUCACCGCGACAGCGAGCUCCGUCACAUCGCCGGCGCUCGUUCGCUCGAUCCCGUCGCUCUUUUUACUCACCCAUGAAAGAGUCGUGUAAUUCGCUGGGCUUUGCGCGGUUAUCGGUGCCGUGAUUCUUUAUACGAGACUGUUCACGUUCGUUCCUCGUUUUUCAACGAUAAUAAUCAUAAUAUCCAAGAAGGGAAAAUAAGUUUGUUUUCCGAGGAACAGUUCUCCAGUCCGGCAGAGCAGGCAUUUAAGGUCAGUUGAAAUUUCGCGAUUAGAGAGAGUGUGUGUGUGUGUGUGUGAGUGUGUGUGUGUGUGCGGACAAAGUGAUAGCAGGAUGGAAAUCGAGAGCUUAAAAGACACCGGCGCGUAUGUAAUUAGACCUCGGCUGACUCCGCGUGAUGACACACGGCUUUUAGAGCGCGAAUUAUGCCGUUGAAACCUUUCUCGCUGAUUUAAUAUACUUUUUUCUUAUCCUCUCUGUCACACUCGUUCUACAGCAAUCCUAGAAACUUGUAUAGGCUGCAGACGAUAAUCUCGAGACAUUGACACGAUAAACGCGUUUCACAAUACCCAUCGCUGAGGGAGAGACAAGUAUUGCAAGUACAUACGCGCCGCCGAUAAACCGGCAAUUAAUUCGACUUUUUACGCGUCUCUAUAUCGCGUAACGGUGCAUAGAGAGUUCACGCAGCGAUAAACGCACGUGCUCGCAGCUCGACCCAACUCUGGGGCGCAAUAAAAAGCUAUUUGCGAAAAAAAGUGACGUAAUAACUCGAAAAGAAGAUCAUCCGCAAUCACAGGGCUCAGUUCCGCGGAAGUGUAACACACACGGAUUACGCAACUAAGCCGUACCUUACAUUAUACCGGACACCCGGAACUGUGUAAUCCAGCCCGUGAGAAACGAAAAAUCGCAUCCUGUGUCAUUAGCUUUUUGUCGGCCGUCUAACACUAUGGACAAUCGCUGUCGAAGCUAGAAUCUUCAGAAUCGGGUUCUGCGCCUCACCAAGGAUCUCGAGCACGUUGUGUCAGCGAGUUGUCAUCAGCGAGAGGAUUGACUCGUAUAGAGCAGAGGAAGAUGGCCAGUAACUCGAAUCACUGCUCGCCGUCGCGAUCGUCUCUGAGCUGCUGUCAGGUGGACAACAGCAGUCAGAACGACGUCCACGAGGUUUGCAGUGGAACCGGCAAUCCCGGACAGGUGAACAACAAUUACUUCAUGCAGGAGAAGCAUCAGUUCCCGAAAAGGCCGGAGGUCGAUCUCCAGUUCAGGGAUAUCAGCUACAGGGUCAGCAACUGGACCAUCAGGAAUCUCAAGCCAGUGACGAGCGAAAUUCUUCACGGCGUAAGCGGCGAGUUUCGAGCCGGCGAACUGACGGCGAUCAUGGGGCCGUCCGGUGCCGGCAAAUCCACGCUCCUCAACGUUCUCGCAGGAUUCACAGUAAAGGGCACGAGCGGCGAGAUACUGGUGAACGGAAAGACGCGAGUACCGCACAGCGAGAGGUGGCGUCGUACCUCGUGCUACAUCCAACAAUACGCGGUGCAACGCACCAGGUUGACCGUUGGAGAAGCCAUGACCAUCGCUGCGCAUCUCAAGCUCGGCUGCACCAUUAGCUCGGCGUUUAAACACACGCAGGUCCUGGAGCUGCUGGAAAUUCUGGGACUGAGUCACUGCUACGACACCCUCUGCGGAAAGCUCUCCGGCGGACAGAAGAAGAGGCUCGACGUCGCUUUGGAGCUGCUCAGCAAUCCUUCAGUAUUAUUCCUCGACGAGCCUACCACUGGUCUGGACUCGGCGUCCUGCAGCCAGUGCAUAGCCCUGCUGCAGCGGUUGGCUCGUAUGGAGCAUCGUACGGUCGUCUGCACGAUCCACCAGCCCAGUGCUCUGCAGUUCGAGAUGUUCGAUUCGCUGUACGCGCUCGCCGACGGCAAUUGUAUCUAUCGCGGACCUGUAUCGAAUCUCGUCACGCAUCUCAGCUCACUUGGACUGCACUGCCCGCCGUAUCACAAUCCUGCCGAUUUCCUUAUGGAAGUGGCGAUAGGCGAAUACGGCAUCUCGACCGACAAACUCAUCCGAGCUAUCGACAAGUCUUUCGAGAAGCAAAGGAUGAUCGCGCCGCGCGUCAAGCCAGUUCUGGACGACAGUACAAAGCCAGAAGUGGAGAAGGACGAACCACCUCCACCGGCAGGUUUCCUCGCUCAAUGCUACCUCCUCUACAAGCGUCAGCUGCUGAGUCUCAAACGCGACUACUUCCUUCUGGUCGUUCGACUACUAUGUCACCUGCUCAUCGGCAUAAUCUUCGGUUAUCUCUACAUGGGUAGCGGUUACAGAGCCAACGGUGUCUUAGCCAACUACGUCUACCUCUACGGCUCGUUACUGCUCAUAGUUUACACCGGCAAGAUGGCUGUCACGUUAGCCUUUCCACUAGAAAUGCAGAUACUAACGCGCGAGCACUUCAAUCGCUGGUACCGGCUGGCCCCGUACUACAUCAGCAUGCUGCUGAUAGAGGUGCCGUUCCAGGCGGCCUGCGCCGCGACCUACCUGGCCGUGAGCUACUGGCUGACCGGUCAACCGCUGGAGGCCGAGCGAAUUGUCAUGUUCAUGGUUGUCAGCAUCGCCGCGAGUCUCUGCGCUCAGGCCUGGGGCUUCUUCAUCGGGGCGACUACUCCAGUCAAGAUCGCCGUGUUUGCCGGACCGAUCAUAGCCGUGCUGUUCUCGGUCUUCGGCUUCUGCAUCCGCUACAUGGACACGCCCUCGCCGUUCCGCUGGCUCUUCCACAUCUCGUACUUCAGAGCGAGUUUCCACAGUCUCCUCAUUACGGUUUACGGCAAUAACCGUACGAAACUGUACUGCGAGCAGGAACCCGGUGAGCUCACCUACUGUCACUACAUGCAGCCCAGUCAGUUCCUCAAGGAGAUGGAGAUCAUCCACGGGAACGUCGUCAACAACCUCGUCCUCAUCGUGGGCAUAGGCGUUCUCAUGCACCUGCUAACCGCCAGCGCGCUGUGGUGUAAACUCAAUCGACGAUGAGCGAAUGAGAGACAAUGUGAUGUGAUGAAGCUCUUGCAUUUUCGCCACGAAAUUGCCUUGAUUCGAGAGGACGGUAGAAUGCAUUUUUGUUGUUGAUUUUUUUUUUUGUUAGAGAGGGGUAGAUGGAUCUCGUAAGUUACGAGAUAAGGACUCGCAUUUUCUUGUCUUUAAGAAAACUGCAGCGUUUGUCGAUGUCGACAAACGGAGAGUAACUCUUUUCUGGGUACCUUUGCGAUGAAUAAUUACGUCGAUUUCGCAACAAGAGUCGUUUAAUCACCAGCGACGACGCGACAAUAAAGGCUCUGCUGGUUUCCAUCGACGAAGUAACAAAGAAAGAAAGCUGUCGAUUUCUCGCCGUCGGCAGUGGUUCAGUAUUUAAAACGAAUUUCAAAAUGACUUUUGCCAUCGGCAAAAGUUCGCUGGGAUACCUGUUUAUUUUUCACUGUUUGCCGAUUGAUGCAAAAGAAAACGACGGCGUCCACGUGACUUGGUUACACAUACUUAAAAUAACGUAGAUGACCUUUCUUCGCUUGGGCGGAUAUUGUCUCGAUACACUUACCGAGUCGUUUGACGAUUCGCCAAAGCACUAGUCUCGUAGUUUAGUCUAACCGGAAGGAUAUGUAGCAUUGUGUAAUUUUGCGUACGUUUACAAACACACAGACACAGACGAGUUCUCAAAAUCUUAAUUAUUUUUUACAGCGACGAACGAAAAGAGUGUGUAUAGGAAGAAAUGAAUUCGAGCACUCGUCGCGAUUCGAAUCAGCCAGUGUUAAGCGGAUAGCUCCCAGUCUGUCGAGUGAAAAGCGUACCAAGUACGUGCGUACAUUAGGCGAUAAUGUAAUUAUUUUCUAAGACUAUGUACACUUAUAAUCGUGCACGCAGGCGAGUGCGGCUCAUCGUCGAGGACUUUUGUACAGAAAUAACAUCGGCACCGCUCGCCUGUCGCUGUCUAUGGUGAUUCACGAAGUGACUAUGCAUAGAUGUAGGAUAUUAUUAUAGCGUGUAUAUUUAUAAGAUUAUACAUAUAGGAGUAAGAUGGACAUGGCGAUGAGAUCGCGCUCGGCUCGAAGAGCGCUGAGAAAUCGUUAAUCGGGGAUGCGCACCGCUGGGGAUAAAGAACCUAUAGCCUAAUCUUAUAUAUCGAGCUUUUUUUAUAUUUAUUUCUGUAAGAUGAUGAAAAAAACCUCAUGACACUUUUUUCACGUUUCUAUCAAUGGCAAUUGUAAAGCCUGUAUACUUCUGCACGAAAGAAUCUCUCUACUAAGCUCGUAAUCGUGUAAAGCUUAGAAUCAUUGUUUCGAAACUUUUUACACUUGUUGUCCGCACUGCUGCAGACGAAUUUAUCUAUAUAAUAAAGUGCGUUCUUUCUCGUUUUGGAGAAGAAAAGACUAGCGCCUUACAAUACACUCUUUUUUUGUACAAUGAAUAUCGAGGACGAAGGGCCUAAAAAAUCUGUUAUAAUCGAAUGCGCUCGUGAUAUAUUAGCUCGAAGCGGGAUAUAGAGAAAGCGCGAUCUUUUUGUUUCGCGACGAACAAAGGAGCGGAGGCGUUGAGCGCCUCUUGCCUGAAUCUGUAUACUAAAGUAAUGAGAAAGAGAGGAAUUUAUAUAUAUAUAUAUAUAUUAUAAAUUCAUACGAUAAACAAAUAUAUGAUAUGAUUGUACUAUUUCGUAUUUUUGCGUACUCGAUUAAUGAAGCUUUACUUGUAUUCUCUCAAUAAAUUAUAUGUAAAUACAAAAUAUA